AACUCCCAAACCCAAUCUCUUCUUCCUUCUCCCAACCGGCUCAAAACCCUAGCCCAACACCGCAGGGUCGCCGACGCUCGCCCGGCCGCCGCCACUGCCGCCGCCGGGGACGAUGGCGAAGCCUCGGCGCGGCCGCUCCGCGUCUCGCUCCUCCUCGGGCUCUUCCUCCCGCUCGCCGUCCCACUCCGUCUCCUCCGGCUCCGUCUCGUCGCGCUCGCGGUCGCGCUCCCGCUCCUUCUCGUCGUCGUCCUCGCAGUCCCGGAGCCGCUCUCCUCCUCCGGCUAAGCGCGGUUCGCCUGGAGCACGGAAAGGCCGAUCACCUUCACCGCCCCCUAAAAAGGGUUCACCCUCAAAGAAAGUCCGUUCGCCAUCACCACCACCUAAAAAGGCUUCACCCCCUAGGAAAGCGUCUCCUGCUGAGUCAGCUGUUCUCUGCAUUGAUCAUUUAUCAAGGAAUGUUAAUGAGGCUCACUUGAAAGAAAUAUUUGGAAACUUUGGUGAAAUAGUGAAUGUGGAGCUUUCAAUGGACCGAAUGGUUAACCUUCCUCGUGGCUAUGGAUAUAUUGAAUUCAAGAAGAGAGCUGACGCUGAGAAGGCUCUUCUUUACAUGGAUGGUGGUCAAAUUGAUGGAAACGUUGUUAAGUUGAGAUUCACUCUUCAACCACGCCAAAGGGCUGCAUCACCUAUGAAAGCUCCGCCCCCUCCUCCAAAAAGAGAUGCUCCCCAGAUUGAAAAAGGUGUUACCAGUGCUGAAAAGGAUGCCCAGCAGCGUCCUAGGGAAUCAUCUCCACGAAGGAAGCCAGCUUCACCUCCACGGAAACGAUCUCCAAAUCGAAGGGCUGAAUCACCCAGGCGUCCACCUGACCCAUCACCUAGGCGUCGUCCUGAUUCUCCGCCUAUUCGUCGCCGACCAGAUCCUUCUCCUGUCAGGCGUGGGGACACACCUCCUCGCAGGAGACCACUGUCUCCAGUUAGAAGGCGUUCUCCUUCUCCACCACCUAGGAGGCAUAGGUCACCGAUGCGUCCUUCACCUAGGAGGGGACGUGGCAGCCCGUCACCACGCAGGCGCUCCCCUGGGCCUCUUAGGCGGCGGUCGCCACCUCCAAGGCGGUUGAGGAGCCCACCAAGAAGGCCGCCACCUCCACGUCGCUAUAGUCGCUCUCCUCCUCGCCGACCCCUUCGCUCCCGCUCCAGAUCAAUUUCUCCAAGAAGGGGACGAGGGCCUCCGUUGAGGCGUGGUAGGUCAGACUCAUCAUAUUCUCGAUCACCUACUCCACCGCCAAGAAAGGGGCCAAGAAGGGUAUCAAGGAGCCGCAGCCCUAGAAGGCCUCCUAGAGGAAGAAGCAUCUCUAGUGACAGCCGAAGCAGCAGUUCACCUUCCCCUAGACGCGGCAGGUAGAAGGAACCCGUGGCAUUGUGUAUCCGGCAGGUAAAGCCUUUUAUCCCUUGACUCUAUCUGUAUCGUUUGCCUGUGCUUGUGACUUGCUGUGAGCUCAAGUGUUGGUUCGAGGAGAGGAUACGAGAACCCUACGGCAAUGCUUCCAGUGGAUCUGCUUUAACAUGCCCGGUGGACUCUCUGGCUUGUGAUUUGUACUCGAGACAAAGUUACCUGCUAUGUGGGCUUAUGUACUUGAUUGUACUGAAGUAUUUUGAAGUUCUUAACUUGUUUCCGCACAGGAGUCUGGUUCUAAAAAAUUAUGUGGUAAA